UGAUCACUCUUCUUAUGGCCAGGGAAGGCUGUCUGUGGCCAAGCAUGGAUGGUCGCAGUAGGGAAAGCCAGCCUUUAGACGCUUGCCUUUUUCUUUUUUAAACCAGGAUCACAUUUUUUUUCUUCCAUGGAUUUAGGUCUGUAACUUCACCAUGGAGCUGGGAAAAGUUCAUUUGAAUCUAAAGACACUUCUGCUGACAAUGAUGAUGUUUAAGUGGGGAACCCUGUGCUCUGCCACAUCAGAAAAAUGUUUGUCUGCACCUUGCCAGAAUGGGGCUACAUGUGUGGACACCAUGGAUGAUUAUGCCUGUAUCUGUGCCAGAGAAGGUGUAAUAUACAUGGGAAAAAACUGCGAUGAACUCUACGAUGGUUGCUUCUUUGUGCCAUGUUUAGAGUGCACCAGUACCCCAGGAACAAUGGAAUACCAAUGCGUAUGCCCAGAUGGACUUACAGGAGAUAACUGCACAGAAGAGGUGGAUGACUGUCUGAGCAACCCUUGCUCAGAGCCUCAUUCACUGUGUGUUGACCAGCUCCAUGGAUAUUUCUGCAGGUGUCCAGCUGGAUACGGAGGUCAAGAAUGCAAGACACGUGUGACUGAUUGCAUUGACAAACCCUGCAUGAAUAAUGGCACUUGUGUGUUACAACCAAAUGGCUUCGAAUGUCAAUGUGCACCAGGGUUCAAGGGCAUGACUUGUGAGGAAGAUGUGAAUGAGUGUUUAUCAGAACCCUGCCAGAAUGGUGCCAUUUGUAUUGAUGGAGUGGCAGAGUACCAUUGUUUCUGUGUGCCAGGUUUUCAAGGACACAACUGUGAAAUAGACAUUAAUGAGUGUGCUUCUCAGCCCUGUGAAAACAAUGCUACCUGCAUCAAUGAGAAGGACCAUUAUGAAUGUGAAUGCAUGGUAGGCUUCACAGGAGUCAACUGUGAAACUGAGAUAGAUGAGUGCGACUCCCAUCCCUGCCAAAAUGGAGCCACUUGCCAUGAUUUAAAUGGUAUGUACUCUUGCGACUGCCUACCUGGGUUUGACGGCAUCAACUGUGAGGUUGAUAUAGAUGAGUGUGUCAGCCAGCCCUGUCAGAAUGGAGCAUUCUGCCAUGACAUGGUAAACAGCUAUGAAUGUAACUGCAGUAACACUGGAUUUGAGGGCAAGAACUGUGAAGUGGAUAUUGCUGAGUGUGCCUCUGAUCCCUGUCAGCAUGGUGCCACAUGUCUAGAAGAAGUAAAAGGAUAUAUGUGUCUCUGUUGGCCAGGUUAUGAAGGACCUAACUGUGAAGUUGACAUUGAUGAGUGUGCUAAGCAGCCAUGUCAGAACGGGGGGAAAUGUUUGGAGCGCUCAGAUCCGUCUCACUGGGAACUGGAUUGGGAGCUCAGCUUUGCAGAUGCAGCUGGGUAUACCUGCCAGUGCCAAGGAGGGUUUGCAGGAGAGAACUGUUCCAUAAAUAUAAAUGAAUGUGAAUCUGAACCCUGUCAGAAUGGAGGGAGCUGUGAGGAUGAGGUCAAUGGCUACACCUGUGUGUGUCCUGUUGGAUUCUUAGGUGAGCUGUGUGAAUUGAACAUUGAUGAAUGUGAGAGCCAGCCCUGUCAAAAUGGUGGCUGGUGUGAAGAUGGCAGAGCAUCGUACAUCUGCCAUUGUCCUGAAGCCCCGCCUGGUCAGCUUCCAUGGGGAGGGGAUGACUGUGAGGUUAAACUCUAUGGCUGUGUAGGCCACGAAUGCCAGAAUGGAGCCAGCUGUCUUCCGACGCUACAAGAUGGAAGGCACAGCUACACUUGCUUGUGUCCGUAUGGCUUCUAUGAUGAGCAAUGCUCUACGAGAACAACAUUCUCCCUUUCUACCCCUGGGUUCAUUCAUAUCCAGGUUCCUCUCAAAGAAAAGGUCCGCAGGGAGGUGGAGCUUCGCUUUCGGACAACUUUACCCAGUAUGUUGAUUUUCUACAGAGGGGAUCUGGAUACUUAUUUUCUCCUGGAAAUUGUGAACGGUGGUCUCCAUGCAAGAGCCUUUUCUGAGGAGUCUGAAUUGGAUGUAACAUUUCCCGGACCUGUUAAUGAUGGAGACUGGAGGAAUGUUCAUGUGUUUCUGGAUAAUGGAGUUCUAUUCUUGCUCCUUAAAGGUCCUAACUGUGACAAAGAUGGAUGCACAGUUACAGACGUUGGUGAUGGGGAACCCCCUUUCCAGCCCUCUACAGCCUUUACUAAUGUUUACAUAGGGGGAGCACCAAAAGAGCUUUUGGAGCUCUCUUUAAGCCGUGCAGGAUUCCUUGGAUGUAUUGAAGACCUUAUUAUUGACUCAAAACCUAUUCUACCCCAAGCACUUCCAGAGGAGCAGUAUUUUGAGUUGGGAUGUCCCAAGACUGAAUGGUGUAAACCUGACCCAUGUAAUGGGCAUGGCCAUUGUGUGGAUCUGUGGACUGACUACCAGUGUGACUGUACCCGUCCCUUCCACGGGGACAGCUGCUCUGAAGAAUACUUUUCAUGGACUUACAGCCACGAGGAAACAGUGAGUUUUAGUUCCUAUGACAUCAAAGACAGCCAUGGAAGCAACUUCAGUGUCUCCUUUUUUCUGAAGUCCGUAAAGCCAGAUGGGCUGAUAUUUCAGCUGAGAAGACCCUCUGCGGAAGAUGAGGGGGAGGUCUACUUUUCAAUCUACCUGAGGACGGGAAGGGUUUUUGUCAGCUCACUGCCUGACAGCUUCCCACUGACAGCUCCAGUGUUUGUAACCAAUGGGCAGAAACAGUUUCUUUCUGUGGAAGUCAAACACACGUCUGUGAUUUUUGAUCACGCAGGUCUUAACUUUGGAAUAGGAGAGAUCCCUGAGGUGACGGUUUUGGGCGGAGACAAGGCGUAUGUUGGAGGGCUUCCAGAGGGCUGGGACUCUGAUAGGUGGGGGGGACAUUUUAAAGGCUGCCUCCAGGACGUUCGUCUGGACUCCGCACAUUUGGAUCCGACUGGCUGGAGCCGCUCAGAUGAAAUAGUUUAUGUAUCAAAUGAAUCUGGAAAUUGGACAGAGGGCUGCAUUAGUGAUGAUACCUGCAAGACCCAGCCUUGUCAGAACGGAGGAGAAUGCUCCAUAACCUUCAAUGAUUUUAUCUGUUCCUGUCAAGAGGAAUACACAGGAAAGACCUGCCAAACACGUGUUUGGUGUGUCAGCAAUCCUUGUAUCCAUGGCGGCGUGUGUGUGGACCUUCCUGAUGGAUAUGAAUGUUUGCAUAACGCCACAUUUCAAGGCAACCCUGUGCAGUACAGUGCCGGAGGCUCCCUAGCCGAACCUGUCUCUAACAUUUACAUGGAGCUGCGGACCCGAUCAGAGAAUGCGGUGCUCCUGAGGGCCUCUUGGGGAUCCAACCUGCUGAUGCUGGGCAUCUUGGAUUUCUCAGUUUGGGUGGAAAUCCAGACAGACAGUAGCAUGAAGGCGCUGACCUUAAAAGGGAUUCUUCCUGUGGCUGAUGGCCGCUGGCAGCGCAUCAACAUCUCCAUGGCUGACUGGAGACGGAAGGCCUCCCCCUGGAUCAUCACUUUGAAUGGAGUCACUGAUGUCACCAGCAAACAGGACCGUGCAGGAAGUCUGAGUUUCCUCAAUAAGAAGGGGGCCAUGCUCACUGUUGCAGACAGCUUCACCGGAUGUUUGGGUGCAGUGAGGCUCGGAGGCGUCUAUCUCCCCUUCGUGGACGACCAUAAAGCUCCGCAGCCCUCACAGUUUCACCUGCUUGGAAAACCAAAAGUCCAUCUGGGGUGCAGCAGUGCGCCCGUUUGUGAAUCUGGUCCCUGUCUAAACGGAGCCACAUGUGAAGACUUAUUCAAUAAAUUUGGUUGUGUGUGUGACACUGGCUGGGAAGGAGAACGAUGUGAGAUGGACACUGAUGACUGUGCAUCUCAGCCCUGUGUUUAUGGCAGCUGUAAGGACUAUUUAGGCAGCUUUGAGUGCCACUGUGACCCUGGAUAUGCUGGCACACUGUGUGAUGAAGAUAUUGAUGAGUGUGAGCUUUCCCCCUGUGAACAUGGAGGGACUUGCCUGGAUGGUGUCAACAUGUACACCUGCAUGUGCCCCAAAGACUACAGGGGCCCUCGCUGUCAGUGGGACUAUCCUCCGUUACAGUGCAAAACAGAUGUCCAGUGUGAAAAUGAUGGAAUCUGCAGAGACGGGCUGUGGGGAGCUAACUGUACCUGCAUGGCGGGUUUCACAGGCAGCAGGUGUGAAACAGAGAUUGAUGAAUGUAACUCUAACCCCUGUCAGAAUGGGGGCUCCUGUUUGGAUCGGUUCAACAUGUUUGUCUGUGAAUGCCCACCUGGAUACAGCGGCCCAGUUUGUGACGUCAACAAGGAGGCCAAUAAACAGGGAGUCUCCUGGCUGAUGGUUGUUAUUCCACUGCUCUGUCUAUGCGUGGUGGUCCUGAUCAUUGGUUUGACCUUUAUGCUGCUCACAGCAAGGAAGAAGCGCCAGUCAGAGGGGGCUUACAGCCCCAGUGCUCAGGAACUGGCCGGAGCCCGGCUGGAAAUGGACAGUAUGCUCAAAGUCCCACCAGAGGAACGACUCAUUUGACUCCAGGCUGCUGGAUGAAAGCAGUUAGAUGUUAUCGAGGUGCUGCGGUAUCAACUGACUAUUUAAAUGCCUUUAUAAGGCAAUGUAUGUGGAUGCCAACACUUACUAAUCCUAAAAACUUUGCUUAUUUACCAACCUUUUACUAGUUGUCUACAGACAGCUGGUGGAAUGCAUGUUCUCAGCACCUCAGCCUUGGAGGUCUGAUCCUGCAUCUAAGGAUUACAGCAUGGACUGUACACUGGAUUUAAGACUUAAAUCUCCAGCUUUAUACCCAGAAGUUUAAAAAAAAAAUUCUAAUUAGUGUACAGUGCCUUGCAAAGGUAUUAAUACCCAGCGGUCUUUAUGGAAAAGUCAUUCAAAAAACGCUGCUCUUUAAAUGGACAUCACAAGAAUUUCUGUUUUCAUUUUGCAGGAAACAAUGGGGGAGGGCUCGUUCAUAAUCUGAACAAAAUUAAACAAAUUAAUUACAUUUACAACCAAAGGUAAACUGAUGUAAAAUACCUCUAGAGACACUUUACAGCCAAUUUAAUCAAAUCAUACAGAAAAUAUCAUGAAAAGUUUAGGAAAACAAAUAAAACCCUAAAAAAA